AUGGGUGGGGACCAUUCCCAUCGGGCUUUCGACGUCGUCGGGAAUCUUCGUCAUGCCGCUCAUCUAUCGCUUCAGUAACCGAGCCAUCACCCUCGUUGGGAUUAUCCUUUGCUUCACGUCUUGCAUGUUGACGUCGUUGAUCCCGAUCUUCCCUGUCAUAUACCUGACUUACAGCGUGCUCUAUGGUGUCGGCUGUGCCUGUGCGUCACUGGCAUCGAUUGAUCUUAUACUCCGCUAUUUCCCGGUUACCAACUGUGCGCGUGCCACUAUGUUUGCCCUGAUCGGCAGUAGUGCAGGUAUGUUGUGUAUAGGACCUUUUACAUAUUUCCUCAUCGAGCAAUGGGGAUGGAGGAUCAUGUGGCGUGUUGUAGGAGGUCUACUUCUUGUGGUUGGUGUCGUAUCAGUUCUAGCUUUAUGCCCCCCUUCCUCACCUAUUUCAACAUCUUCAAAGGAGGGCGAUGAUGAGAACAAGAAUGAAGAAAGGACUGGCAACAAGGCCCACUCGAUUCCAAACAGCACUCGGGAGAAGUCGGAUGUAAACGAUGACUGCACGAACCACCGGGAAAGGCCGAAGUAUGCCCGACUCGAUAAUGAUGAUCAGACUGAGGAUGGCAGCGCGAAUAAUGAUGACAAAUGUGAAGAAUCUGGAGAAGAGAAAACGCCAUUUUUAGAGGAGAAUAUUGCGGAUGAAGAAAAGAAGGUGUUCUCUUCCCUGGCAAGAGACAGCUGUGACGCAUGUGAUAAAUCAGAUGUCCUGGACGCCGGAAAUUUUCCUGCCCCUGAUGUAGUGACGGUGGAGACUGAAGGGGAAGUUGAAGAAUCCGUUAAUUUUUGGACGAAGCACAGAGCAAUUUUCUAUCCGGAUGUUUGGGUCCUUGGAUGUUGCAUCAUGGGACUUGGGGUCAUGAAUUCAUUUUUCUAUAUCAACAUGGGCGACUACCUGCUCUCUGUUGGGUUUGAGAAACGAGUGGUUCCCUGGGUCGUAACAACUCUCGGCGUCACAGAAAUGGCGGGAAAAUGUUUGCUUGGUGUUAUUUCUGACCGUCUGCCAUUCCCAAAGAUAUUUCUCUAUCUUGUAGGGAGCCUCACAGGGAUCGGCUGCAUGAUAUGUCUACUCGUCGUCCAAUCUGUCGUGUUGUUGAUAUUAUUAUCGGUUGUAAUUGGAAUGGUUGUCAUGACAAUUGCUGAUGUUCUCUCCUACUCCAUCUGCAACCAAGUUUUCCGUAACGAGGAUGCCAUCCAUACUUGGACCGUUGUCAUGGUGAUGCAAGGUAUUGGCUUCAUGGUGGCGGCCGUCUUUGGGGAAAGUAUCGAUAAAACCGGAUCAUAUAACAAGGCCAUUUAUACGAGCGUGGGGAUGUACGCCGUCUGCGCUCUUCUUUGUGUGGCGGUACCAAUCUACCAAAAGAUAUUUGCACGUCAUCGUUUCGUCAUGUUCGAACACCAAGCCAAAUGUCGACGCUUAAAGAAGGGCACGCCGGCCACCACCGUGACGGUCAAGAUGGCGGAAGAGACGGCAGCUUCUGCAGUUUGACACAGAAGUGGUGAUUUUCGAUAAUCAUGAGAUCUGGCAACUGAGAAUGGCAACUACCAUGGUAACAGGGGUCAGCAGCCAAUCAGAAUCAAGGUUUCCAUGGUAGUUGCCAUAAUGGCAAAGUUACAACAGUUGCAAGUCCUUUAUGAAACGGGCCCCAGGUGGUGUUGACGGAAAACUAACACGUAUAGUGAAAACAAACAAAAGUUACAUUCCAAUAAUUAAUACCAGCUAUUCUAUGCAGGUGACGGGUAUUUCGCACGAUUAUAAGAGAAUUUUCGCAAUUGUAACGAAGACGGAAUCUGGAACAUAUUAAUGGCUUUGAAAAUGCCUGUCAAAUCACAAUGAGAAGCUGAGAGGUUUUUGUCGAAAAUUGAUGAACCGGGACAGCAGACUGUCCCAAGAUUCGGGGCUGACGAAAAUUGCAAAUGAAAUUUUGUCAUUUGUCACGGACAACACUGCUGUUUUAAUUCACUGAUUUUCGACAAAUGCUGUUUUGUCAUCGAAGGGCAUUUGACAAUAGAUUCUCAACGUUCCAGAAAGCGUCUGUAUAGGUUGCGAAAACUCCCUAAUGCUUAAAAAGCCACGGCAACGAAACCUUCUACUAUCAACCGAUGGUAUGCCCUUGUUGGUCAGGCACCGUAACACAAAAUGUUAGCGAUUAACCCUAACAGGGCUGGGGUCAUCAUGCCCACCCCCCCCCCCGUCGACGCUUCGCGCGAUAUUUCCGAAACGCAUGAUCAUGAUGAUAGCGCCGCAAAAUUCUCGCGCAACUUUUGAGACCAAAUUCGCGACAUACGGGUAUAGCAUCGCGACGUCACGUGACAUUUUACGAGACAAUGUCAUGCCAAAAAUGGCUCAUUUUUAUACUUUGUGUACAAAGCCAAGGGAGAUGAAAUUCAUAAAAGGGGGAUUAUUUUUCGUUCUAAUUGGUCUGCUUAAUUGAUUUAGGGUUUAAUUUAGUUGUUAAUGGUCUGUAAUCAUUUCCAUUGAAGAAAAACAAUGAAAAACAAAAAAUAAAAAACGAAGAAAUACAUAUGAAAUUCUAAAAACAAGGAAAUACAUGAGGAAAAAAUUAGCUUUCUCAAUUUUUCUUUGUGGAAACCUUUAAGUUAGAUUGCAAAGAUGACAUCUGGAAAAAAGAAGACAAUUUGAAGUGAAAUUGGGUGUUAAAUAUGCAAAUUAUUUUUUUUUGCGAAUUAAUUUGCAUAUUUUAUUCCUGAUAGAUAAAAAGUAAUUAUUUUCAGAUUUUUUUUUAAUACUGGCUUGUAGUUUAUGUGGUAAAGAAUGUGCGCGCCGAAUUUCGGCGCGAUCGCGCAAACGGCGGCCGAGAUCAGAAGUGAGGGGGGGGGGGGAUCAUGCCCCCCGUCCUGAAUACAUCUCAAAUAGCCCAGUCCUUUUAGGGUUAAUCUCUGAAUGAAAUGGCCUAUGAAGAUCAUUGUUGCAUGCGCAUUUUGUUAGUACGCUGACUAGAAACCAAUCAGAAUUGUUCUUUCAAAUUAGCGAUUUGUCGCUAAGCUUUGUGUUACUGGGCCCUGGAGCCGGUUCACCGGUAAGACUGUAGUAUCACCAAACUACCGGUCACCCUUUAUCGGAUUUGUAAUCAUAUACAGAUAAUAAAUGUUUAUGAGUGCAAUAGACAGAAUGCUUCAUGAUGUAAAAGAUGAAAUUAUAUAUUCAAUGACGCGUAGCCGAGUUGAAUGGAUCAUUAAUUUCAUCUUUCACCGAAUGAAGUAUUCUGUCCAUUGCACGAAUGAAAAGAACAUUCAUUAUUUGGUUUAUAUGACCCCUAAAAAUAGAUUAUUUUCCAUAUGAAAUUUAUUAAUUUCGAUGCAAAAUAUGUUCCGUCAGUUGAUUGUCGCGUACAUACAACAUGCGUGCUGCAAACACCUUACUUGUAGUGCCUGCAGCGGUGCACGCGUGCAAUGGACAAAAUCGUAUGGAUCCAAAAUUGCACGAUGAUGAAUGGAUCUAAUAUUGCCCGGUUGAUGACGUCAUUGUAAAAUGGGCUGAAUGAUCGAUAUCAAACAACCAAUCAAAUGACAAGGAUCUAUCUGGGUGUCAUAUAAUAUAAAAUGAUAUAUUCAACGACCGACGCGUAGCCGAGUUGAAUGGAUCAUUCAUUUCAUCUUUCACCGAUUAAGUAUUCUGUCCAUUGCACGAAUGAAAAGAACAUUCAUUAUUUGGUUUAUAUGACACCCAUAAAUAGAUACUUUUUCAUAUGAAAUUUGUGAAUUUCGAUGUAAAUAUGCUCAUGCUGUGCGAGCUCGGUCUGUUUAUGCGCGCUGCAAACACGAGUGGUGCCUGCAGUCUGGGUGCGCGCGUGCAAUGGACAAAAUCGUAUGGAAUUAAUCAUAGAUCCUAAAUUGCACGAUGAAUGGAUCUAAAAUUGCACGGUUGAUGACGUCAUUGUAAAAUGGGCUGAAUGAUCGAUAUCGACCAACCAAUCAAAUAACAAGAAUCUAUCUAGGUGUCAUAUGAUGAUCUAUUAAAGCAUCAAAACAUUCUAGGCAGUCAAAGGCUGAAUUACAAAUGUUUAACAAGGUAAAAAGUUUCACAUAUAAAUUAGGUAGAACAGUAUACGAUUUAAAUAAUUAUAACCAUAGGCACAGUAAUUGAGUUAGAUUGUUCGGCAUUGGGGCAUUGGAUUAAAUGGAGUAAAUAAAACGGUAUAAAGAUUUUUUUAAGGCGCUUUGCAAAGCUCAGUCCUCAAAUAUUUUGAUUCCCAUCAACUAUAGUAAAAAUUAAUCUUUGUAGAUUUAAAAUCCUGGUGCUAACUAUCACACCGAUGCAAAAUUUUGUUGAAAUUUGAUUAUGCCUCGUUGGGUCCCACUGUCGUGCAAUCCGAUACGAACGCCACGGGAGCGGGUGUGUUAAAUAAUUUGUCUGCUACCAUUUUUACCUCUGCAAUAUUACCUCGGACAUUAUUACCAGUGCCAUUUUUACCUCUUCAUUUUUGCUCCGAACUUUCGUGUAUGUCAUGUGUGUGCAUGCUUGUGAAUUCUUGUUUUCAUUUACGAAAUAUUAUCAUAGCUAUAUUUCAAUCAAUUAAUUCGAGCGCAAAUCUUGACAAACAUUGAUGAAAAGAUUUUGAGUUGUUAAAGAAUUAAUAUAUAGGUAUAUACAUAACUCACCAAUCAAAUUGCGAGCGCGCAGCGCUCGCUGCGCUGAUAGGCCUACGUUUUGACAAUCAAACCUGAAAAGGGAUAUUUUGAGAAAUAUACGAAGACAAUAUGUACUUGGCAAAUCAAAUAAUGCAAGCGCGUAGCGCGUGCAGAAAAUGUUCAAAUUUAGACCAUAAAACGGGCAUUUUACAGAGCAUUUAAAAAAAAAUCAAGUGGUAAAUCAAACGAAAUAAUGAAAGCUCGAUGUCCGAGCUUAAUCUUGUUUGUGUAUUGACUUCAAAACUUCAUUUUAAGCUUUAUAUCAGCCAAUUGAGCAAGAUAUGUAUCUCAUAGAACAGGCAAUGCGAGCGCGAAGCGCGAGCGAAAAUUUUAUUUAGUGACAUGAAAGAUUUUUUUCUUUCAUUUUCUAAGUCUUCCCCUCACCUUAUUGUAUUCACUUGCUUCCUCUUAUUGUUCCUCUUUUCUUUUCUUUUCCUUCUCCCUUCCCCCUUCUUUUUUGUCUCCCCCUUUUUUUCUUUUUUGCUCCACCAAUA